AUGUCGCGCGUGCAAACUAGCAGAGCCAACAAGUACGGCCCAGCCUUGGGUUCCAGCACUCGCGGUAGCCGAUCCGUCCUUAGCAGGAUGGCUUCCAACACCGUCUCGACCUUCAGCACCGCCGUUGCCACAAUCACUGGUAAGAUCAUCAUCGGCCCCACCCCAACAAGCAUUUACGAUCAUCUAAUUAAGCAGGAUGUACUGACUCUUGACCCCAGCGACGUCCUCGAGACAAUCCAUCACCAUGGUCCUACUGGCGAUGGGCAAGUAACAAUCGUCAAGUCCAAGACCACCGGUCAAUGUUUCGCUCGGAAAGUCACCCAUCAAACACCUCUUAAUAGCCACAACACCAGCGCUUGGGACUUCGGUCCGUGGAAGAAGCCAAACGAGGUUCAUGUCUUCGAGGUUUCUCGCCUCAAAGACCACCCUCAUCCACGAAUCCUCUCUUUCACAGCCCUCCGCGACGAUAAGCCAGGUCAACAUGUUCUCUGGUCCAGAUUCUGCGCCGGUGGCAAUCUCGCCGAACAAAUCGACUUCUGGCGCGUACGCAGACGGACAGAGGUUCCCCAUCAAUUCUUCCUGCACAUCGUCGUCCAGACGUUCGAAGCGAUAGCUUUCCUUCAUAACGGCCUUCGAUAUGCUGGCAAUGGCAAAUACUACCGAGAUGGAAACCACAAGACCAUCGUACAUGGCGAUCUAAAGGGCGAGAACAUCUUCCUUCGUUGGAGCUCUGAAAACGUCGGUGGUAUGCCAGAUCUCGUUGUCGGCGACUUCGGAACGAGCAUCGUGGAAGAUCACCCCGGGGUACGAGUCAUGCCAGGUACGUUGGUUUACAACGCUCCAGAGAUCCAGGCAAUCUAUGGCGACAAUCCCAUCAAUGAAGACCACUUCGACCUGUAUUUCCGAGCCGGAGCCGCCAAGACACCUCCAACGGACAUCUAUACCCUUGGAGUUUUGCUCUACAUGAUUGCAGCGAAGUCUCGAUUUCCGUUCCCCGCCGACAGAGACCUUUCAGAGCUGCGCAUUUCUCGCGAUUAUGAGAUCGAAGGCCUCGAGGACUUCAUCGUCAAGUGCUUGCAAGCUGAUCCUGGCAAGCGUGCCACCGCUGACUACGAUGAACAGACUGGUAUCAUGCAGGCUGUUGAUAAGUUCCGAGACUUACGCGACUCCAUGAUCACCAAGAAUUCGGCUCUCGGUCCUACAGACUGGCUUCACCCCGAGCGACGGUAA